CACUCCACCAAGUGUUUGCUGCCCCCGUGUGGUCUCAGGGACUGCUGUGGCUCCAGGCCCCUUUCCAUCUGGCCUGCCCACCGGCCCACCGGCACGGUCUCAUUGGCAUCUCAAACUCAGCACGUCUGAAACUGGGAGUCAUCCUAGACUCUUCCCUCCUUCUUCGUCCGAACAGUCGUCAAAUCUACCUCCUGGUACCGUCCAACUUAAUCUACUUUUCCCCAUUCCCACUGCUGUUUCUCUGGUUCAUUCUUUCAACAAAUGAUUUAUAACAAAUAUUUGAGCGCUUAUUAUACGCGGAGCAAGGUACGAAUCUCCGUGGACAUGCCCCCGGGACUUUGCGGGCAGGAGUCACCAGCGGUUGCGGCCCGCCCCCGCCCGUGCUGCAGCCACAGUGCGCUGUGCACACGAACUGGUUUGACUUGCGCCUGACGAAAACCCCCCCGUGGUUCGCCAGUGCCCACGGGGUGAGGUCCUAGCUCAGAACUCGCUGGUCAAGGCUCUCGCCCUCGCAGCAGCGGCCACUUCAAACGGCACCUCUUGCUCUUGUCCAAAGCGAAAGCCGCUGCUCCGCCUUUGCUGCUUCGGUGCGCUCAACGGGUAACGCCCGCCCUGUCAUCUUCUAAGGGCCAAAUCCUCCGCAUCCUUCGGACGCGGGACUCCUCCAACGGCCGCUCCUCUCCUCCGCAGGGCUCUCUCCGCCCCAACAGGAGUGCUCCUCGCCCGGGGCUGAACGGCUGAGACAGCCCGAGCGCUCCGGGUCUGCGCGUCCUGGCCCAGCUCACUCUCCGGCGUCCCCCCACCUCUCGGUUUGCGGGUGGAGGCGCUGGGGGUCCCCGCCCCCUCAGGCCCCGCCCCGUCCGGCGUGCGCGGCCUCGCGGCCUCGGCGCGCUCCCGGGCGGCACCAUCUUGGCUUCGGAUCGAGCUCGAGGAGUGUUCUGCCGUGGUGUGGGUAGCAGGACUCAGACACGACAGCAGCCGGAUGGAGCACUACCGGAAAGCUGGCUCUGUGGAACUCCCAGCACCUUCCCCGAUGCCCCAGCUACCGCCUGAUACCCUGGAGAUGCGGGUCCGAGAUGGCAGCAAAAUCCGCAACCUGCUGGGCCUGGCGCUGGGGCGGUUGGAGGGCGGCAGUGCUCGGCAUGUGGUGUUCUCAGGUUCUGGCCGGGCUGCAGGCAAGGCUGUCAGCUGUGCUGAGAUUGUCAAGCGGCGGGUGCCAGGCCUGCACCAGCUUACCAAGCUGCGCUUCCUACAGACCGAGGACAGCUGGGUGCCAGCCUCACCCGACGCAGGCCUAGAUCCCCUCACGGUACGCCGCCAUGUGCCUGCGGUAUGGGUACUGCUCAGCCGAGAUCCACUGGACCCCAAUGAGUGUGGCUACCAGCCCCCAGGGGCACCCCCUGGCUUGGGCCCCACACCUACCUCCAGCUCUGGCCCCCGACCCCGAAGAAGGGCUCGAGACACCCGGUUUUGAAGACUUGCUGGCAAGCUGUUCUCCAGGCCUGAAUGUCUAGGAUGGCUGGGCCUUCUUUGAGAAGCCUCUGUAACUGCUCAACACCCCCAACAAGACUUGAGUCUACGGAAGUGGGCCUCCCUGUCCUGCUUCCACUUCCCUCUGGCUUGUGGAAAGGGACUGCUAUGAAGAGUGACAGGUGUGGAGUCUCUGCCGGGUUCUGGAUUGCCUUCUACCUACAGUGCCUCUGAUCUACUUCCUGACAGAGGUCGAAGGAGUGGGUUAGGAAAUAAAGGUUCUGCCCAUUCGUCUGA